AGGGCGAAAGGAGGCUGUGUCCUCAGCCUCCUUCCUCGGCACGCGCUUCCCAUCCUGACGGGGACAGAGAGCCUAGGAGAGCUCGGGGCGUGUCCAAACUGCCGCGCCGCCCCGCCCCGGGCUUAUCUUCCUCCCUCCGCUUCGCCUUCCGCGGUAUCUAGCAUUUCGGUUCCUGGAAAGGUUACCCGAGCUGCGGUUGGGGCUCGGACCAAAGUUGAGUCCUCGAAAGGGAGCCUGGAGAGCCGCGGUGCUGGGAGGCCCGGCCAGCUCGAUCGCAGGCUUCCAUCUGGCGGCUAAUGCUUGUUUGCUACUGAUGGGUGUGAGCAAGUUAGAUAUUUUAUACCGGAGACUUCUCCUAACAAAACUUUUUAUCAGAGGAUGGGGAAGGCCAGAAGAUCUCAAAAGACUCUUUGAAUUCAGAAAGAUGAUUGGAAAUCGGGAAAGAUGCCAGAAUCUUGUUUCAAGCGAUUACCCAGUACACAUUGAUAAGAUUGAAGAGCAAUCAGAUUGUAAGAUCUUAGAUGGACACUUUGUUUCCCCCAUGGCUCACUAUGUGCCUGAUAUCAUGCCAGUUGAAUCUGUUAUUGCAAGGUUCCAAUUUAUUGUGCCUAAAGAAUGGAACAGCAAAUAUAGACCUGUAUGCAUUCAUCUUGCUGGAACAGGAGAUCAUCAUUACUGGAGGCGACGAACACUAAUGGCCCGUCCUAUGAUUAAAGAAGCCCGAAUGGCUUCUUUAUUGUUAGAAAACCCUUAUUAUGGCUGCAGGAAACCCAAGGACCAAGUAAGGUCCAGCUUAAAAAAUGUGUCCGACCUUUUUGUGAUGGGAGGAGCUCUUGUUUUAGAAUCUGCAGCUCUCUUGCACUGGCUAGAGAGGGAAGGUUACGGCCCAUUAGGAAUGACUGGAAUAUCCAUGGGAGGACAUAUGGCUUCCUUAGCAGUAUCCAACUGGCCUAAGCCCAUGCCAUUGAUUCCAUGCCUGUCUUGGUCCACAGCAUCUGGGGUCUUCACUACGGGUGUGUUGAGUAAAUCAAUUAAUUGGAGGGAGCUGGAAAAGCAAUAUUAUACCCAGACAGUUUAUGAAGAAGAAAUUAUUCACAUGCUUGAAUACUGUGGAACAGAUUCUUUCAAAAUGGGACAAGAGUUUGUGAAACACUUCACUAGCAAUGCAGACAAGCUAACUAACCUUAAUCUGGUUUCCAGAACUUUAAAUUUAGAUAUAUCAAACCAAGUUGUAUCCCAAAAACAUGCUGACUGCCAUAAUUCUAGUAAAACAUCUGUCAGCGCAACAUCAGAAGGACUCUUAUUGCAAGAUACCUCUAAGAUGAAGCGCUUCAAUCAAACACUUUCAACCAACAAAAGUAGUUAUACAAGUCGCAACCCUCAGUCAUACCACCUACUUAGUAAAGAACAAAGAAGAAACAGUCUUCGGAAAGAAUCUUUAAUAUUUAUGAAAGGAGUCAUGGAUGAAUGUACUCAUGUAGCAAAUUUCUCAGUCCCAGUUGAUCCAAGCCUCAUUAUAGUGGUUCAAGCCAAAGAAGAUGCCUAUAUUCCACGAACAGGAGUUCGAAGUUUACAAGAAAUUUGGCCUGGUUGUGAAAUCCGAUACUUAGAAGGAGGUCAUAUUAGUGCUUAUCUUUUUAAACAAGGACUCUUCAGACAAGCCAUCUAUGAUGCAUUUGACCGCUUCCUCCAUAAAUACGCUAACUAAUUGGAUUAUUACAUGUAACCAGUAUGGCCAUGAUGUUUCUUACAAAAGGGAGCUUCAUCCUGUGAUCAUGUGAAGGACAAGCAGAUAGCACUAAUAUAUCUAAUCGCUAUCAAUGUAGUCUGGAAUUCAUUGUUACACAUCAGUUAACUGUAAACUUCGAAUACAUUUGAAUAAUUUCAAGAUAAUAUUUGAAGUAAAUAAUGUUAAAGUGUUUUUAUUAUUGUUUAUUGGAAUCCCAUAUACUCAAUGUUUAGUCUGUUGUUACUAUUUAUGAAAAACUAAAUUUUUAAUCAUGAAUAAUUUAUUAAAUAAAUUUGUUCAUAGAAACUUUUCUGGGUUUUAGUAAAAUUGCUAAAUCAAACCAAGAUUUUAAUAUAUCAGCGUUUAUUUUGUACCCUUAUAACAUUUCACUAUUGACUUGAUUUGAGAAACAUGUUUAUUUUUUGAAUGUUCUUGUGUUCAACUAAUUUUCUGCUGUGGAAAUAAAUACUUAUGAUAUAUAAAA